AUGGAGUCUGAGUUCAAGAAUUAUGAAGAAGAAACACCUUUUCUGCACUGGGGGAUGGAUCCUGUAUUUUCUGCAUUUGCAAGACUCUAUAUUAAAGAUAUAAAAGAAAUGAGAGAAUCUAAACAAGUGCCAGGUAUAUUCUUUUAUAACGGACAUCCAGUAAGACAGGUGGAUGUCGUUGGGAUAGUGGUUCAAAUGAAAGAGCGAGAUGCCUUUUAUAGUUAUGGAGUGGAUGAUAGUACUGGAGUUAUAAAUUGUGUCUGCUGGAAAAAUCCCAUGGUAGCAGAAACAUCUUUAUCAGGUCGUCCAAGCACACCCAGCAGUCUUGCUGUGCUUGAACAGAUGAAGAAACUCCAAGAAAUGGUGAGCCAGAAAACCAAGCUGGAGAUCGGGGAUAUUGUCAGGGUUAGAGGUCACAUGCGAACCUACAGGCAACAAAGAGAAAUUCAGGCUUCUUGUUUUUAUAAAGUGGAUGAUCCUGUGUGUGAUGUUCAGAUUUCAAGAAUGCUGGAGCUCCCCUGUCUCUAUAGAGAAGUUUAUGAUAAACCUUUCCAAGAUCCUGAGGAGGGACAGAGUGGCCUGGAGGGUCAGAAUUUCUCAAUCAAUAUGCUGCAUGACAAAGUGAAAAGCUUUCUAUUAGAAAACAAAAUUCAGACCUUUUACCAACAGGAGUUGGAAACAAUUGAUACUCUGGUGUCGCUGGCUGGUAUGCAUCUACCCAGUCCCAGCUGUCAGGAGGUGAAGUCAAAAAGUGACUCCAGUUCCAAAAGGAUUCACAGUGUUUUUAAGGAAGCAAUAAGGAUGCUACAAGAAAAAGGGGUGGUUUUCCAGAAACCUAGUAGCUCCAAGGACUUAUACCAUGUGACUGACCAUGACAAGGAGCUGCUUAAAGUGACCCUUGAUGUGAUUAAAGAAGACUGUCGAAAACCCAGGCAUGCUGAAAAAGGCUGCCAUUUCCUUCAUGUCCUGAGUUGUGUUCGGCAGAGCUACAACCCCUCUCUGGCUGAAGAGGUGAUGCACCGUGUCUUGGAACUGCUGGAGAGUAACAGUGAUAUUAUCAGCACUAUGGAAGGAUAUUACAUGGCAUUUUAA